GUCACUACCGCCGCACCGGGGGUGGGGGGGACGCGCACUGACAGCACGGAGCGGACCGGGAGCGCGCAACCAUCUCCAUCAUCACCUCCAUCACGCCGCUCGUUCCCGGGGCUUUUUGCUUCUUCUUCCUCUUUUUGUUGUUGUUGGUUUUUUUUGGGAGGGAUUCUCAGCAUCGGCCGCUCUUCAUCCGUGGAUUAUUCUUCCUCCUCCUCAUCGUCACGUAAAGGGUGAGAUGGAGGAGUCCAGCGCCCAGAAGUCGGUGUGGGAUGGGGACGCCAAAGCGGUGCAGCAGUGCCUCACGGAUAUCUUCACCAGCGUGUUCACCACGUGCGACAUCCUGGAGAACGCGAUCUUCGGCCCGUGCGUGCUGAGCCACACGUCGCUGUACGACAGCAUCGCGUUCAUCGCGCUCAAGUCCACCGACAAGCGCACGGCCCCGUACAUCUUCAGGGUGGACACGUCGGCGGCCAACAGCACCUCGGAGGGCCUGAUGUGGCUCCGGCUGGUCCAGUCGGCCCGGGACCCAGAGGAGCAGAACCUGGAGGCCUACGUGAAGAACGGCCAGCUCCUGUACCGCUCGCUGCACCGCAUCGAGAAGGACGAGGAGCUACUGGUCUGGUACGGCAAAGACCUUGUGGACCUGCUGCUGCUGGGCGCCACCCGGGCGCCGCCCAAGGCCAAAGGUUCGUCCCACUACUCGUGUCCCGACUGCAGCCAGCGGUUCCAGUUCGAGUUCCCCUUCCUGGCCCACCUCCGGUUCCGCUGCACCAAAAGAUUGCAGAGCAUGACGAAUGGCGAAGAGAGGGAGCCCUGCAAAGAUGGUGGCGGCGCCGAGCGGGCCAACGCCACCUCGCCCACCGGGACCAGCCCAAAGCCGGGACCGGCCGCCGCCGCCGCUCAGGAUGCCAACAAACCCUCCACGGACUUUCACAACCUGGCCCGGGACCUGGAGAACAACCGGACCAGCCCGCCCAGCGACAAGGAGGCGGAGAUCUGCAGCGAGAGCUCAGGGAAGAGGAAGUUCUCGGAGGUGGAGGACCGGGAGCGCCGGGCGCCACCGGGCCUCCUGCAGGCCAAGUCCAAAGACGAGCUCGCCACGUCGGCGCAGAACUACCGCGGGGCGUACGGCCUGGAGGAGAACCACAAGACCUUCUCCGCACCCGCCGCCACGGAACUGGGCCAGGGCAAACGCAGCGCCUUCACCGAGGUCAAGAAGACGCCGCAGAACCUCAAACACCACGGCGGCAAGAACCUCCAGGGCGCCAACUCCGAGAACAAAGACGGCGGUCGCCCCAGCGGCGCUCCGCUGGAGAAGCACCUGAACAUCCGGCAGGUGCUGUCGGAGACGCAGCCGCCGCAGGCCUCGCCGAUGGGCAGCGCCUUCACUUCCGUCGCCCAGCACGGCGGCGGCGAGAGGAAGAGCGCCUUCAGCCAACCGUCGCGCUCCUUCUCCCAGAUCUCUCCGCUGGUGAUGCCGACCAAGCUGCUGGACUGCCGCCCGGCGGUGGGCGACACCAUCUCGUCCAGCCGGCUCUACCAGGCCGACCACCUCGCCGCCAAGCUCCACGGCGCCGAGCUGGGCGCCAACUGCCCCGUGCCGGGCGGCGGCGGCGGCGUGGCCAAGCAGAACCCGUUCGUCUACGCCACCACCUUCUGGCCCAAGAGCUCCGGCGCCAUCCAGCUGCAGAUGCCGUCGGCGCUCACCUUGCUGCCGCCGUCCUUCACCUCACUCUGCCUGCCGGCGCAGAACUGGUGCGCCAAGUGCAACGCGUCGUUCCGCAUGACCUCCGACCUCGUCUACCACAUGCGCUCGCACCACAAGAAGGAGUUCGCCAUGGAGCCCAUGGUGAAGCGGCGGCGCGAGGAGAAGCUCAAGUGCCCCAUUUGCAACGAGUCCUUCCGGGAGCGGCACCACCUGUCGCGUCACAUGACCUCCCACAACUGACCUUUUUUUUAACAGAACGAGGAGAGGCCCCGCCCCCAAGCUCCCGAGCCCCUCCCCCUCCUGGAUAUAAGCCGCCCGACUGGAGAUAGACCACUUAGA